AUGUGGGCGCAGAGAUUCAAACCCCCAGUCUCCCGUCUUCACACUCUCCGCCAUUCUGUCGUGAUCUCUGCACGCGUCCGAUUCUAUAGUGUAGUUACGAAUGUUCCCACACCCCAGAAGACCAAGGUCUGGGACUCGGUGGAGGAUGCUGUGAAAGAUGUCAAGAGCGGGGACGUUGUCCUCUGCGGAGGGUUUGGUCUUUGCGGUAUCCCAGAAACACUGAUCGAGGCCUUGGCGCGCCGCCAGGAUGUCAAGAAUAUCACUGCCGUCUCCAACAAUGCCGGCGCAAAGGAUCUUGGUCUUGUGAGGCUGGUCCAAUCGGGUCAGCUGGAGAAGCUGAUGAUCUCGUAUCUUGGAGGCAACAAGUUUCUGGAGUCGAAGUAUCUGAAUGGAGAAGUCGGUAUCGAACUCGUCCCCCAAGGCACCCUUGUCGCGCGGCUGAAGGCGUAUGCCUCGGGAUACCCUGCAAUCCUUACACCAACGGGAGCGUCAACCGCUGUUGAAAGCGGUGACAUUCCCAUUCAGUACAACGCGGGAGGCAUGAAGAAUGGUGUGAAAGUGCCUGGUAAUAAGAAACAGACCAUGGUAUUCGACGGACGGAAAUACGUUGUCGAACCUGCACUGGUUGGCGACGUUGCUUUUGUGCAUGCAUGGAAGGCAGACGAAGUGGGUAAUCUGGUAUUCAGGUAUACUGCUAACAACUACAACGCAGUUAUGGCCCGGAAUGCGAAACUUACCAUCGUCGAGGCUAGUAUUCAAACUACUCUUGCUGAGGAGAUUGUGCCGGUAGGCAGUUUGUCGCCCAACGCCAUUCAUAUUCCUGGCAUCUACGUCGAUCGAAUAGUUCGCGCCACUCAGCCCAAAGCCAUUGAGGUUCUAGCACUUGCUCAAAGCAAGGAAGCACAGGUUUCGAAACCAUCGUCUGGUGAAAGUUCUCAAAAGGCUUCUAAUGACUGGCGACACCGUAUCGCGAAACGUGCGGCGAAGGAGAUUGGUGAUGGCUUCUACGUCAACCUCGGUGUUGGAAUCCCAACGCUUGUACCUGAGCAUUUGGACCCUGGUAUGACUGUUUGGAUCGAGAGUGAGAACGGUAUCCUCGGUAUGGGUCCCUAUCCGACAGAGGAACAAGUGGACGCGGACAUUAUCAAUGCUGGCAAGGAGACCACUACACUGGUUCCCGGAGCAUCAUGUUUUGACUCCAUUGAAUCAUUUGAUAUGAUCCGCGGAGGCCAUAUGGAUGUAACAUGUCUUGGGGCUAUGCAAGUUUCGCAAGCGGGCGAUGUCGCAAAUUUCAUGAUUCCUGGCAAGCUCGUCAAAGGCAAGUAUCCUAUCUGUAUCGGUGGUGCCAUGGACCUUGUGUCAAACCCGGACAAGACGAAAGUCAUUGUUACCAUGCAGCACUGUUCGAAGGAUGGCACACCGAAAAUUGUCCAGGAAUGCACGCUGCCCAUCACCGGCGCGAGAGCGGUCAGCAUGAUUGUCACGGACUUAGCCGUGUUCAACGUGGACCGCAAGGCUGGCCAGCUGGAGCUGAUUGACUUGGCAGAGGGCGUGACGCUGGAGGAGGUGAAGGCGAAAACAGCUUGCGACUUCAAAGUCUCGAGUAACCUUGGCCAGAUGUAG